CGGGUGUGUUAUCGCUUGAUAAUGCUUGAUGUCGGAAUGAACAGUGGAUUCCUGUCAGUAGGUGUGAGUGCUGCGUGCACACAGAAAAUUAAGGUCUGUUCCGUAAAUAGGUUAGGGAGAAGGAUGUGACCCAUUAGUUGGGAUGAUUACAUUAGCAGCCACCACGCAGUCUGUGUCCAGACUCAGAGUCUGCUCCAGAGACGCCAAGCGCAGGGUUGGAAUGAACACAGCAGCUCCAGAGACGCCAAGCGCAGGGUUGGAACGCUGCAGAGACGCCAGACUCAGGGUUGGAACGAACACAGCAGCUCCCGAUCUCCCGCCAGAGCAAUUGGGACCUGGGCUGAGUGGAGCUGCGGUUCUAACCCUGACCCUGACCCGGGCUGAGUGGAGCUGCGGUUCUAACCCUGACCCGGGCUGAGUGGAGCUGUGGUUCUAACCCGAACCCUGACCCAGGCUGAGUGGAGGGGGAUACUGACAGACUGAGAUGGAUCUUGGCUCUGGUCUGAACGCCAGUCGGGCUGGUCCUCUGAGGGGGGUGACCAAUGACACUGGGGGGGGGGCCAGCCAGCACAACUGCCCCUACAGGACCAUGGAAACGGUCCUCAUUGUCGGGGCGGCUGGCUCUCUGAGCUUUGUGACUAUUUUGGGCAACAUCCUGGUGAUGCUCUCCAUCAGAGUUAACCGCCACCUUCAAACCGUCAACAACUACUACCUGUUCAGCCUGGCCUUUGCUGAUCUGGUCAUUGGAGCGUUCUCCAUGAACCUGUACACUGUUUACAUGCUCGUGGGCUACUGGCCAUUUGGGCCGGUCAUGUGCGACCUGUGGCUAGUAGUGGAUUACGUCGUCAGCAACGCCUCAAACAUGAACCUCCUGAUCAUCAGUGUGGACCGGUACCUCUGCGUGACCCGACCCUUGACCUACCCGUCCAGAAGGAGCCGGCGCUGCGCCGGACUGGCGGUCCUGGCCGCCUGGGUCCUCUCCCUCCUGCUCUGGGCGCCAGCCAUCCUGACGUGGCAGCGGUUCCGUGGGCAACAACCCCACCAGAGAGACGAGUGCUACAUUCAACUCCUGUCAAACCCUGCCGUCACCCUAGCAACUGCGGUUCCGUCGUUCUACCUGCCAGCCAUAAUCAUGACCGUCCUUUACGCCCGCAUAUCCCUCGCUGGCCGCCGCCGAGCGCAACGGCAGAGCUCUGCUCCAAACUCCCAUGGUGCCGAGACCUUCAGUCUCAGAGUCUCGGCCAGCAGAGGGCGCGCGCUGCCCCGCACUUUACAUCCUGCGGUCGGCGCUAGUGCAGGGGAGGACACCGCCUCACUGGACGGAGACUCCGGCCUGCAGAGCAGCCAGCUGACGGGGGCUGGAGAGGCCAGCUUUCCCUCGGCGCAGAGCAGCUGUGCCACCGCCCCUGAAGGGCCUGGGAGAGGACCUGGGAGAGGACAGGGCGGACUCCAGAGGUCUGCGCUAAGGUUCCCCGUUCUGCGUGGCAGAGGCCAGAAGCUGUGUGUGUGUGUGUCAGUCCCUGAGCCGGCCUCCCCUGCCUUUGGCUGCAGGCCCAACAGCGUCACGGCAACACAGGCGAGGAAGAGAAGUAGACGAUCGUCUGUGAGGGAGAGGAAGGUGACCAGGACCAUCCUGGCUGUGCUUCUGGCCUUCAUGGUGACGUGGACUCCGUACAACGUCAUGGUCCUCAUCGGGACCUUCUGCCACGUCUGUGUUCCUGACACUCUUUGGACAGUAGGCUACUGGCUGUGUUACAUCAACAGCACUGUCAACCCAGCAUGCUAUGCACUGUGCAAUGUGACAUUCAAGAAGACCUUCCGGAAUCUUCUGCUGUGUCGGUACAAGAACUUCAACUCCAAGUAAAGCCCCAUAGUUGGACGUGAGAUCAAUGUUGAUGAACUACAUUAGUGUGAGAUCAGUGUUGAUGAACUACAU